CCAAGCGCGCCGGAAGUGCGGAGGCCGCCCCGCGCCGCUAGCCUGGAGCGUAGGAAGUUGGCCUCGGAGCGGCCUGGGCUGUGAGGGGAAGGCCGCGCGGGGCAGCGGCCGUUGCUUCGACCACCUGAGGGCGGCGCGAUGGGCGACGAGAUGGAUACUAUGAUCCCUGAGCGGGAGAUGAAGGAUUUUCAGUUUAGAGCCCUGAAGAAGGUGAGGAUCUUUGACUCCCCUGAGGAGUUGCCCAGGGAACGCUCAAGUCUGCUUGCCGUGUCCAACAAGUAUGGCCUGGUCUUUGCUGGUGGAGCCAGUGGGUUGCACAUUUUUCCCACUAAAAAUCUUCUUAUUCAAAAUAAACCUGGAGACGAUCCCAAUAAGAUAGUUGAUAAAGUACAAGGCUUGCUAGUUCCUAUGAAAUUCCCCAUACAUCACCUGGCCCUGAGCUGUGAUAACCUCACACUGUCUGCGUGCAUGAUGUCCAGUGAAUACGGUUCCAUUAUCGCUUUUUUUGAUGUUCGCACAUUCUCAAAUGAGGCCAAACAGCAGAAACGCCCAUUUGCCUAUCAUAAACUUUUGAAAGAUGCAGGAGGCAUGGUGAUCGACAUGAAGUGGAACCCCACUGUGCCCUCCAUGGUGGCAGUGUGUCUGGCCGAUGGCAGCAUCGCUGUCCUACAAGUCACAGAAACGGUGAAAGUGUGCGGGACACUUCCUUCCGCGGUAGCAGUAACGUCUGUGUGCUGGAGCCCCAAAGGAAAGCAGCUGGCCGUGGGGAAGCAGAACGGCACUGUGGUCCAGUACCUCCCUACUUUGCAGGAAAAAAAAGUCAUUCCUUGUCCUCCGUUUUAUGAGUCAGAUCAUCCUGUCAGAGUUCUAGAUGUGCUGUGGAUCGGGACCUAUGUCUUCACAAUAGUGUAUGCCGCUGCCGAUGGGACGCUGGAGACGUCUCCGGAUGUGGUGAUGGCUCUGCUCCCGAAAAAAGAUGAAAAGCACCCAGAGGUGUUCGUUAACUUCAUGGAGCCCUGCUACGGCUGCUGCACGGAGAGGCAGCACCACUACUACCUCAGUCACAUGGAGGAAUGGGAUUUAGUGUUGGCAGCAUCUGCGGCUUCCACGGAAGUGAGCAUCCUUGCUCGACAGAGCGACCAGAUUAAUUGGGAAUUGUGGCUCCUAGAGGAUUCUAGUCGAGCUGAACUGCCUGUGACAGACAAGAAUGAUGACUCCUUGCCCAUGGGAGUGGCCAUAGACUAUACUAACCAGGUGGAAAUUGCCAUCACUGAUGAGAAGACUCUUCCCCCGGCUCCGGUUCUCCUGUUACUCUCGACAGACGGUGUGCUCUGUCCAUUUUACAUGAUCAACCAGAAUCCCGGAGUGAGGUCCCUCAUCAGGACACCAGAGCCGCUCCCAUUGGAGGGAGAGCGCCAGCCCAAGUCGUCAGGAAGUAUUCCCACGACCCCAACCUCGCCCGUCCCGCAGAAACCCGAGGCUUCAGCAGCUGCAGCUCCUGCCUCCGUUCCACCUUCCCUGCCGGCUGCUCCCACCGCCACCUUCUCUCUGCCCUCUGCUGUGGGGGCCUCUGCCGCGUUCUCCUUCGGUUCUUCGUCCUUGAAAUCAUCUGGGCCUGUUGCUGGGGAGCCCCCUCCGUACCCCAGUGGUUCUGACACUUCAAAAGCAGCGGUGGGCUCCGGUGCAGCCACCUUUUCGUUCGCUCCUCCUCAAGCCCCCCUGGCACCCACGCCCACGGCCUCUCCCAUGGCGCCCGCAGCUGCUUCGUUCUCCUUUGGCUCAUCGGGUUUUAAGCCUCCCUUGGAAAGCACACCGAUGCCAAGUGCGUCCACUCCCGGCGUUGUGUUGAAGCCCUCCUUCCCACCCUCGGCCUCCGCUGUCAAGCUCAACCUUGGCGAAAAGUUCACUGCCGUGGCUGCCUCUGCUCCUAACAGCUCACCGAGCACACCCCCGAUGCUGCCCUUCUCCGCCUCCAAGCCAGCUUCUUCCGGACCUCUCAGCCACCCCACGCCCCUCUCAGCAUCGUCCAGCUCCGUGUCAGCCAAGUCCUCAGCCUCCCCCUCAGCAUCAGGGCGAUCUGCUCAUGGCGGCCCAGGCCCAGUGUCCUCCCUGGGACAGAAAUCACCCAGGAUAACCGCUCCGGUGGCCAAGGCAGGCUCUCCCCAGGCGAAGUCACUUGCAACUCCUGUGACAGAAAAGCAGGGACAUCAGUGGAAAGAGUCAGACCCUGUGAUCGUUGGAAUUGGCGAGGAGAUCGCGCACUUUCAGAAGGAGCUGGAAGAGCUGAAAGCUCGAACUGCGAAAGCCUGUUUCCAAGUGGGCACCUCUGAGGAGAUGAAGAUGCUGCGGACAGAAUCGGAUGACCUGCACGGCUUUCUUUUGGAGAUUAAAGACACCACCGAGUCUCUUCAUGGAGAUAUAAGCGCCCUGAAAACAACUCUACUUGAGGGCUUCGCUGGUGUUGAAGAAGCCAGGGAACAGAGUGCGAGGAACCGUGACUCGGGGUACCGGCACUUGCUCUACAGGAGACCUCUGGACCCCAGGAGUGAGGCGCAGCUCCAGGAAAUUCGGCGCCUUCAUCAAUAUGUGAAGUUUGCUGUCCAAGAUGUGAAUGAUGUUCUAGACUUGGAGUGGGAUCAGCAUCUGGAACAAAAGAGAAAACAAAAGCGCCUGCUUGUGCCGGAGCGAGAGACGCUGUUUAACACCCUGGCCAACAACCGGGAGAUCAUCAACCAGCAGAGGAAGAGGUUGAACUGCCUGGUGGACAGUCUCCAGCAGCUGCGACUUUACAACCAGACUUCCCAGUGGCGCCUUCCCUCGGCAGCGCCCUCCCAGAGCAGCACUCACAGUUUUGACAGUGACCUGGAAAGCCUGCGCAAUGCUUUGUUGAAAACCACCAUAGAGUCUCACACCAAACCCUUGCCGAAAGUACCAGCUAAACUGUCCCCCGUGAAACAGGCACAGCUGAGGAACUUCCUGGCCAAGAGGAAGACCCCACCAGUGAGAUCCACGGCGCCAGCCAGCCUGUCUCGGUCAGCUUUCCUGUCUCAGAGAUAUUACGAAGACUUGGAUGAAGCCAGCUCCACGUCAUCCAUCUCCCAGUCUUUGGAGAAUGAGGACACACAGGCACCCUGUAAAGAUGAUGAUGCCGGGAUCCAGGUCCCUCGCCACGCCCCCGUGGUGCGCACUCCCUCCAUCCAGCCGGGUCUCUUGCCCCAGACGGCAGCUCCUUUUGCUAAAUCUCACCUGAGUCAUGGUCCACCUGGCGUGCUGGGAGCUUCAGCGUCUGCGUCUGCCAGCAAAAUCAUCCCUCAAGGGGCCGACAGCACAAUGCUCGCAACCAAAACCGUGAAGCACGGUGCGCCGGGCCCCUCCCACACCAUCCCAGCUCCACAGGCGGCCGCUGCGGCAGCACUGAGACGCCAGAUGGCCAGUCAGGCGCCAGCUGUGAGUACUUUGACCGAAUCAACUUUGAAGACUGUCCCUCAAGUGGUAAAUGUGCAGGAAUUGAAGAAUAACCCUUCAUCUACAGCGAUGGGUUCUCCAGUGUCACACUCCACAGCCAAAACCCCUCACCCAGUGCUGACCCCCGGGGCUGCGAAUAACCAAGCCAAGCCGGGAUCGCUGAUAAACUCCCUAAAGCUGCCUGGGCCCACAUCAGCCUCCGGUCAGUUGUCAUCCGGUGAUAAAGCUUCAGGGCCAGGGGCAACCAAGAUAGAAACCGCUGUGACUUCUACCCCAUCUUCUGUCGGGCAGUUCAGCAAGCCUUUCUCAUUUUCUUCAUCAGGGACCGGCUUUAAUUUUGGGAUAAUCACACCAACACCGUCUUCCACCUUCGCUGCCACACAAGGGGCAACACCCCCGGCUAAAGAGUCCAGCCAGCCGGACACAUUCCCGUUUGGUGGGGGAGGCAAACCUUUCUCUGAGGCCGUCCCCGAAAGCACAUCUCCCUCCACAGUGACAGCAGCGCCCACCACCACCGGGGCCGCCGGUGCUCCCGCAGGAGAGUCAGCCCCGCCGGGCAGCAGGCCUGCGGCCCCUCCUGGAAUCACUCUCUCCACCCCUCCCAGCAAGUUGGAAGCGGUGCCAUCUAAGGCAGGGGAGCUCCUCUUUCCACCUUCUCUGGCGGGCGAGACUCUGGGGAGUUUCUCAGGACUGCGGGUCGGCCAAGCAGAUGACUCCACAAAGCCAGCCAGCAAGGCUCCCGCCACCAGCCUGAGUAGUGCACAACCAGCCAAGACUUCCCUCGUCUCCUCGGGGUUUAACUUUGGUGGCCCUGCCGCGGUGGGGAAGCCCGCGGAGCCUCCCUUGACCUCCUCUGUGACUGCCACCACGGUGGCACCAGCAGCCAGCACCAGCACCAGCAGUGCCUCCGCUGGUGUCUUCGGCAGUCUGCCCCUCACCAGCGCAGGCGCCUCGGGGGUCAUCGGUUUUGGCGGGUUAUCUCUGAGUGGCAGCAAGACUGGCUUUUCAUUUGGAAGUCAGCCCACGAGUGGGACAGCGCCCCCAUCUGCCCCACCACCGGCCACCACUGCCACUCCCCUUCCCACGUCAUUCUCCGCCUUGUCGUUCGGUGGCCUCCUCAGCUCAGCAUCUGCUCCCGCCCCGCCUGUGUCUUCUGCCACAAGCACAGAGGAGGUGACGUCCCCAUCUUCGUCCGAGAAGCUAGGCACCAGUGAGGCCUCAGCAUCAGCAGCCUCGCUUCCGGGGCCACAGCAGUCAGCGCCGCUUCCCCAGGCACCUCUGCCAACUCUCGACCCCGUGAAGAAGGAGCCUGUUCCUGCCCUUCCCACAGGCUGCAGCCUAGACCCCACGGCACCGAGUUCCAGUCUCCCAGCACCUUCUGCAGAGGCUGCGGCAGCAGCCACCGGAGUCCCUGACGUCAAGACUGAACCAGCUUCUCCUCCCUCCCUUUCAGUGCCUGGGCAGCCGGCUGUCACCGCAGCUCCAACCCCGAGUGCAGGCCCUGUGACCACAGAAGCACCAAGUCCCCCCCCGACCGCCAGUACUGCUGCCAGCGCUGCUCCAAGCCCCGCUGCGGACUCCGUGGCGUUUGGCACUGUCACUUCUGGUUCCUGUGUCUUCACUCAGCCACCAGCUGCAAGUUCUAGCUCUGCUUUCAGCCAGCUCACCGGCAGCACGGCCUCCACCCCCUCGGCCACCCCCGUGUUUGGGCAGGCGGCAGCCAGCACCACACCGAGCCUAUUUGGGCAGCAGACGGCCAGCACAGCCAGCACAGCCACUGCUACGCCGCCAGCCAGCAGCUCGGGGUUCGGCAGCCCAGCUUUUGGCACCUCGGCCACAGGGGUCUUCGGGCAGACGGCCUUUGGGCAGGCCCCGGCCUUCGGGCAGUCGACAAGCAGCCCUGCCAGCAGCUUCUCCUUCAGUCAGCCUGGCUUCAGCUCCGGGUCCGCCUUUGGGCAGUCCGCGUCCUCCCCUUCCACGUCCACCAGCGGGAACGUCUUUGGUGCCUCUUCGAGCGCCAGUAGCUCCCUCUCUUUCUCCUUCGGCCAGUCUUCUGCCAACACCGGUGCGGGGGUGUUCGGCCAGAGCACUCCGCCUGCGUUUGGGCAGAGCCCAGGCUUUGGACAAGGAAGCUCUGUGUUUGGUAGCACCUCGGCCACGACCACGACAGCAUCAUCCUCUGGGUUUAGCUUUUGUCAAGCGUCAGGUUUUGGGUCCAGUAAUGCUGGUUCUUUGUUUGGUCAAGCAGCCAAUACUAGUGGGACAGUGUUUGGCCAGCAGCCGCCGUCCUCCAGUGGCAGCGUGUUCGGGUCUGGCAGCGCUGGAAGAGGGGGAGGUUUCUUCAGUGGCCUUGGAGGGAAACCCAGCCAGGACGCAGCCAACAAAAACCCAUUCAGCUCGGCCAGCGGGGGCUUCGGAUCCACAGCCGCCCCAAGUAAGUGGAGAAAGUUCUCCCAACCCCGCCACCCCAAAUGCCAGUGCCAUCCUCGUGGUGUUACCAAUGUUUCGCUGACAAGUAUAGGACAGAAAGGUCUAGAAGGGCCUUUUAAAAUACCUUACCCCCAUGGCUUCUUGGCCUUUGACCUAAGAUCAAGUGUAAAAUAUCUCCCCCAAGGCAGUGUGAUCUCUUCGCUCAUGCAAUAUGCCAUACAGAAGGCUCCUCUGUGA